AUGUCCUCGUUACGCGCCUGGUUCCGGGGCUCCUCCUCGGCCGCUGCCGCCCCGACCAAGAGCACGACCCUCUCGGUCCCCGACAAGGGCUCCGGCGGCGGCGGCGGUGGCGAGCUAUCCCCGGCUGACCGCGAGCUGGCCGACCUCGAGGACGCCGUCACCGCGGCGGGCCUCAUCAUGAACGACGACAUCGACGGCGCCGAGGCCCGCCUGCGCCUGCGCAAGGACGCCUCCUCCUUCCACAUGCUCGGCCUCGGCGUCGCCGUCUUCAUGCGCUCCGUCCUCGGCUUCGAGAAGGAGGUCAUGAACGAGGCCUCGCAGCGCCUCAUCGACUGCGAGAACCGCGCCUGGGCCGACAUGAAGAAGGCGCAGAAGGACGCCGCCGGGGCCGCCGGCGGCGGGUGGUUCUCGGGAGGCAGGCCCGCCCUGUCCGCGGCCGAGGUCUCGGCCGCGGCGCCGGGCAACAUCAGCCAGAUCUACCCCCCGGGGAGCGAGUUCGCGCUCGUGUACGCCGAGGCGCAGCUCAUGAGCGCCGUGGUCGCCGUCAUCCACGAGAGCCUCACGGAGGGCAUCAAGGGCUUCUACAAGAUGCGCAAGGCGUACAUUGCGCUCGACGGGCUCAUGGCGACCGAGGCCAAGAUCCUGGAGCGGCUGAACGGCAAGGCGCCCGGCAGCGCGAACGGUUCUGCCAAGAGGCCGUCCCUGGCCGAGGAGCACAUGCCCGGCAGCUUCGACGAGACCGAGUUUGAGGAGUACGGGUUCUCCGACAAGCCACAGGGUGCAGAGGACAAGGAGAAGGAGGACCGUGAUCUGGAUUUCGUGGAUGCGCAGGAGGAGCAGUCGGGCAGGCAGACGCCCGCCACCUAUGAAGGCCAUUUGGGCAAGGCCGGCUCGACCGAUCCGUCGAGGACGGGCACGCCGACGCUCGAGAAGCAGAUUACAGACCUGAAGAUAUCACAAAAGGCGUCAGAGGCCGACUCCGUGCCCUCCAGGACCGUCACCCCGAAGCCGCUCACGCGCACGAGGUCUGGCCCGGAUUCGGCCUUCUUCAGCAACCCCGUCGACGCCUUCGUCCACUCGGGCGCCAACAUGUGCUUCGGCACCAUGCUGCUCAUCAUCAGCAUGGUGCCGCCCGCCUUCUCGCGCCUGCUGUCCAUCAUUGGCUUCCGCGGCGACCGCCAGCGCGGCGUGCGCAUGCUGUGGCAGAGCACAAAGUUCGCCAACAUCAACGGCGCCGUCGCGGGGCUCAUGCUGCUGGGCUACUACAACGGCCUGCUCGCCUUCGCCGACAUCCUGCCCGCCGCGGCCGACAUCGCCGAGCUGGCGGCCGACGACGACGAGGUCGUGGGCUACCCGCAGGAGCGGUGCACGGCGCUGCUGGCGUCGAUGCGCCGGCGGUACCCGGACGCGCGCCUCUGGCGGCUCGAGGAGGCGCGCGUGCUGGCCAACGCCAAGCGGCUCGACGAGGCCGUCGCCGUGCUGCGCGCCAACGCCGACAGCAAGAUGAAGCAGGUCACGGCGCUCAACAGCUUCGAACUCUCGCUCAACUCCAUGUUCCGCAUGGACUACCCGCUCAUGCGCGACGCGUUCCUGCGCUGCGUCGAGCUCAACGACUGGUCGCACACGCUGUACUACUUCCUCGCCGGCUGCGCCGAGCUCGAGAUGUACCGCGACGCGUUCCACCGCGCCGCCGCCCUCGCAGCCGAUGGCGACGACGACGGCGACGAGGCCAAGGCGAAGGAGAAGGGCGAGGCCGAGGCCGAGGCCAGGAUGCACAAGAAGGCGGCCGAGGGAUACAUCCGCAAGGCGCCCGAGGUGGCGGGCCGCAAGAAGUUCAUGGCGCGCCAGAUGCCCUUCGAGGUGUGGGUCAACCGCAAGGUCAACAAGUGGGCGGAGCGGGCGGCGAGCCUGGGCGUCGACCUCGCCGACGCGGUGGGCGCGAGCCCCGUGCAGGAGAUGAUCUACCUGUGGAACGGGGCCAAGCGGAUGGACGGGCCCCUGCUGGAGAGGGCGCUGGCGUGCCUGGACUGGGGCAGGUGCACCGCGCCGCCCGAGGCGGUGGACAAGAUGCGCGCCGUGGCGGACGAGAGCGCCAUCCGGGGCCUGGCGGUCUCGGCGCUGACGCGCUCGAUGGGCAAGACCGAGGAGGCGAGGGAGGUGCUGAAGGCGGAGGUGCUGUGCCAUGACAGGCAAGCCUUCAAGGGGCCGACCAAGGACGACUACGUCCUGCCGGCGGGGAACUACGAGCUCGGGGCGCUGGCGUGGCAGGAGGCGUGCGAGCCGCCCGCCGAGCUACUCCUGGGCGGACCCCAGGCCGUCGACGAGUACCGCCAGCGCAAGACGGCCGAGUGCCUCGAGGCGCUGGACAGGGUGGCGCGGUGGGAGGGGUUCGUGCUGGACGCGCGCAUCGGGAUGAGGGUGCAGACGGGGAUCGACAGCGUGCAGUGGCUGGUCAAGAAGAAGGGCUGGGUGUUCCUAGCUCCUCCUCUUACUCCUCCGCGUGCCCUUGCGCCCGUUCUUCAACCCCUCGAUCCCCUGCUGCACGACCGACAGGCCGUCGUUGACCGCCUCCUGGCCCCUCUCCUUGACGUGGUGCUUCUCGGCCUCGUCCCUGACGUCCUCCAUGACGUCCUUGCCGAGGCUCGUGCCGUGCGUCCAGUCGAGGAAGCCCCACGCGCCGAAGUUGCCGCGCCCGCCGCUGCAGUAGUGCAGCGCGGUCCGGCGCGCGAUGCCGCCCAUGACGAUGCCGGGCACGACGCUGUACCCGCUCGUGGCCAGCGUCUCCUCGACGGUGACGAGCCCGACGAAGAGCAGGUAGGUCAGCAGGUGCGGGCGCAGGGCGAGGGCCGGCAGGUACUGCGGCAGGAAGCGGUGGAGCAGGCACGGCGCCGGGUGGUCGGCGAAGACGAGCAGCGAGAAGGGCGGGUUGCGGCGCGCGUGGGCGUAGCUGCUGCUGUGCCAGCGGCCGAGGCGGCCGGCGAGGCGGGAGGACCGGGCGCCGGCCUGCUGCGGCGGCGGCAGGGCGAAGCGGUGGAUGUAGUAGGUCAGACACUCGCGCAGGGCCAUGAGCAGGACGACGUGCUUGAUCAUCUGCCAGGGCAGGGGCAGGGUCGUGGCGGUGCGGAAGACGGGCCCGCGGCCGAGGGCGGCGUGGCCCAGCGUGACGGCGGCCUCGACGAGGGUGCCGAGGAAGAGGUUGAGCAGGGCGAGACCCAGAAGGCGGGCGAGGCGGGCCGGGUCGCGGGGCGGCAGGCCGCGGGCGCCGCGGUACUUGAUCGACUCGGCGAGGGAGGGGAGGAGGGUGUCGAAGGCGAGGAAGAGCAGCGAGGGCAGGAGCCAGAACAGCAUGCGCAGGAAGAGCACGCCGACGAGCUCGAUGCGCAGGGGCGGGUGGGACAGGACCAGCGUGGACCAGGUCAUGUAGAAGAAGAGGAGGUUGAGGGAGGUGGACCACGAGGUCACGGCGGGCGCGAGGAAGUAGGAGACGAUGGGGAGAGAGAGCAGGACGUCCAUGUUGAUUGA